CCUGCGAUAACAUGGUACGGUCCCAUAGUGACGUCAUCGCCUGAGCAGCGCUAGGCGGAGUGAGACUUGUUUUGCUACAUUGUUGACGUUCUUGUUCAACAUUUUGACAUUGUUUCCAGUUUUUAGGAGACAGAAUAACAAUCAUUUUAGUCACUGUCUAAUUCCUCACCCGCCCUCUACGAUUUUACUGCGCGUCGAGCAAACUCUCCCGGAAUCAGCCACCAUGAAAUGGAUGUUCAAAGAGGAUCAUUCCCUGGAACAUCGGUGUAUAGAGUCGGCCAAAAUACGCAGCAAGUACCCAGAUAGGGUUCCGGUGAUCGUGGAAAAGGUGUCUGGGUCUCAGAUUGUGGACAUUGACAAGAGGAAGUAUUUGGUGCCCUCUGACAUCACGGUGGCCCAGUUCAUGUGGAUCAUCAGGAAACGCAUCCAGCUGCCUUCGGAGAAGGCGAUCUUCCUCUUCGUUGAUAAGACCGUGCCUCAGUCCAGCAUCACCAUGGGACAGCUGUACGAGAAGGAGAAGGACGAGGACGGCUUUUUAUACGUGGCGUACAGCGGAGAGAACACCUUCGGUGUCUAGACCCACCUUCAUCAUCAUCAUCAUCAUCAUCAGCCUUACUUACGACAGAAUACAACACCUGGCCACACCCACCCACCACCCCAACCCUAACUCACACCCCACCCCUGGGAGAAGCCCUGGGAAACCCCCAGAGAAAUGAAGUGAAAUAAAGAGAUUAAGAGAGUGAUCAGUUGAGUGAAAUGAGUGUCACCAGUCUGUCUAAUCUAUUCCUGCCCAUGUUGUAUCAAUGCUGUUUACAUUCAUUUAUUAAUAUGUUUAUUAUUAUUUUUGAAGUUAUGUAUAGUGAUAAAAAUAGGAAUGACUGUUUUGUUUGUUUGAUGUUUUGUGCUUUACUUUAGUUUAGGUGCUUGGAGGUUGUUUUUUUUCAUUCGCGAAAUGAUAUUUUUGUUUGAAGUUUCACUUUCAGUUUGGCUGUUAUCCUUGAAGAUUUAUAUUUCAAAUAAUUGUAACUAUUUGAACGGUAAGGUAGCUGGAUGACCUAACCAAUAAAAAAUGUGAAUAA